AUGCACGUUUCCAAAGUCCUAGGCGCUGCUCUCCUCGGAGCUGCUACCUCAUCACCGGUCGGUGGAAAGCGGGAGGACAGCUUUCAAAACGAAAUGAUAGCUUCGCACAACUACUUCCGCGCUCAGCACUCGGCGGACGACCUCGUGUGGGACGAGAAUAUUGCCCAAGACGCGCAGAAUUGGGCAAACACGUGCAACUUCUACCACGACAGCGCCGGAGAGAACCUGGGCUGCAUGUCGAGCUACGACUUUUGGGGCCAGUUCACGAACGCGUGGGGUACCGAGCGCGAGAACUACAACUACGACGACCCGGGCUUCACUCCUGAAACGGGCCAUUUCACCCAAGUGGUGUGGAAGGCGACGACCAGCCUGGGCUGCGGCUGGGCGCAGUGCAGCGGGGGGCACGACCAGGCGUUCGGGUAUUACGUCGUUUGCAAGUACGACCCUCCGGGCAAUUACAACGGUCAGUUUGGGGAGAAUGUCGGGAGGCAGGUGCAGGGGCAGCCUGCGGAUGCGUACAUGGGUUGA